GCUUGCUCAGUUGUGUCAGUCAGAUGAUUGUCCAAACAAGGACACUUACACGGGCGUCAGUUUACAUCCUCAAAAUACUAAUGUACAGCUGAGAAAAUGAAGAAAAACAAGGGAAAGGUGAACACCACCACUGAGAAGGAGUUUGUAUUUCAGUUCAGGGCAGGGAGGAAUGUCUGUGUCCUCAAAGUACCCCUGCAAUUCCCUGUCCAAGAAAAUGUCAGUGACCUUCAUGGACGACUUAUGCUGCUGCACAAAAUACCUUGCUUCGUUGAGAGUGAACUGAAGAGCACACUGUCCACCUUUAUUGAGAGUGAAACCAUCCAGGACUAUGACAGAGAAGCAGAGUUGGCCCUACAGAGACUGACAACAGGAGAGGUGGACAUCAACCAGCUUACAAACACAUGGGCUAAGGCCUACUCUGAGACAACGCUGGAACAUGCUCGUCCUGAGGAGCCCUGCUGGGAUGAGGACUUUGCAGAUGUUUACCACGAGCUCAUCCAUUCCCCGGCCUCUGACACCCUGCUCAACCUGGAACACAACUACUUUGUCAGCGUCUCAGAGCUCAUCAGUGAGAGAGACAUGGAGCUGAAUAAGUUACAAGAGAGACAGGCAGCAGAGAUGGACAAAGUCAUGCAGGAGCUGGGAAAGACCAUGACUGACCAGGAUGUAAAUGCAGUUGCCUCUCAACACUUCGAUGCCCAGCAGGUGCUGGAGAACAAGUGGGCCAAUGAACUGAAACAGGUGACUCAUAUUCAGAAGCAGGAGUAUCAGGAGUGGGUGAUCAAACUGCACCAGGACAUGCAGAACCCCAAUAACAGCACUAUUAAUGAGGAGAUCAAGGUGCAGCCCAGUCAGCUGACAGUGGAGUCUGAGCCUGGGGCCAGGCUGUAUGAGGAGCAGCGACAGCUGGAGGAGAGCUUCACCAUCCACUUAGGUGCACAGCUGAAGACCAUGCACAACCUGCGGCUGGUGCGGGCAGACGUGCUGGACUUCUGUAAGCACCGUCGGCAUGGAAGCAGCGGGACCAAGCUGCGGCGGCUGCAGACUGCUCUGUCGCUCUACUCCUCGUCCCUGUGUGGCCUGGUGCUGCUGGUGGACAACCGGGUCAACUCCUAUAGCGGCAUCAAGAGAGACUUUGCCACAGUAUCUAAGGAGUGUACAGACUUCCACUUCCCUCGGCUGGAGGAGCAGCUGGAGGUGGUCCAGCAGGUGGUGCUUUAUGCCUGGGCUCAGAGGAGCAGCAAGCACAAAGUCCAGCCGGAGGUUCCUAGGAAUGGAACUAAUACUGAAGAUAAAAACAAAAAUUUGGAAAGGAAUCCCUCCAAUAUCUUACCAGGUGAAUUUUACAUCUCCCGCCACUCCAACCUGUCUGAGGUCCACAUAGUGUUCCACCUGUGUGUGGAUGACAACGUGCGCUCAGGCAACAUCACGGCCCGGGACCCUGCCAUCAUGGGCCUCCGCAACAUCCUCAAGGUCUGCUGCACUCAUGACAUCACCACCAUCACCAUCCCUCUGCUACUGGUCCACGACAUGUCAGAGGAGAUGACCAUCCCGUGGUGCCUGAAGCGGGCCGAGCUGGUCUUCAAAUGUGUCAAAGGUUUCAUGAUGGAGAUGGCAUCGUGGGAUGGAGGGAUCUCACGGACUGUUCAGUUUCUAGUUCCACAGAGUAUAUCGGAGGAGAUGUUCUACCAGUUGAGCAACAUGCUGCCUCAGAUCUUCCGCGUCUCCUCCACCCUCACGCUCACCUCCAAACGCUGAGGGAGACACAGGACCAAUCACAUUGGCUUGGAAACUGUCAACACUGAGUUCCAGCAAACAUAUUUAAAUAGUUGCAUUUCACAGGGGUUAGUGUGAUGGAUGACUUUAUCAACCCCCUUCCAUAAUUAGCAUCUUGAGGCAAGGCGGCAUCAUCUCGGGGCAAGGUGACAUCAUCUUGUGUUGUUGUCCGAGACUAGCAUUAUGCAGUUUUUGUGCAUUGCAGUGAAUUAUAGUGACGGCUCUGUCUGUCAUUAUUCCUCUCCACUCGAGUAACAGCAGAGGGCACUGUUCUCAGAGACAAAGCCCCCAACUCUCUGAUAGAUGUUUAUUCUACUUUGUGCCUAAACAUGGACUUUAUCUUUUAUUGUCAAAUUUACAGUUGGCAUUAAAGUUGCACCCUAUUGACCAUACACAAGUUCAGCAAUUAAACUUUUCGAUGUGGCAUUCCAA